AUGUCGUUCAUCAUCUUCAGUUGCACUAUUGCAGUCAUGAAGGCCCAUAUUCUCUCCCUCCUCCCAGCAAGCCUGGCCCUCGCCAGCCGCUGCGACCCCUCCUUCUUCACCCCCUACCUGUCCUCCAACGCCAGCCUCGUCUACGCGCGGACCUUCACAGAAAAUGACACCUUCGUCGGCCCCAUGAACAACUACACCGGCCUACCCGAGUACUGCGCCCUCUACGUGAACGUCAGCUCCUCACCCGUCUCCUCCUACGAGUUCGGCCUGUGGCUGCCAACGACCACCUGGAACAAGCGGUACAUGGCCUACGGCAACGGCGGAUUCACAGGUCAAAUCGCCUUCGACGACAUGGCGCCCGGCCUGAACUACGGCUUUGCGGUGGUCUCCACAAACACAGGCCACAACUCGUCUGUGCGCGAAGCCGGCGAUGCAGCAUGGGCGCUGGAUAACCCGGAGACGCGCACAGACUGGGGCUGGCGCGCGCUGCACGGGAGCGUAGAGCUCGGAAAGACCCUCACACAGGCCUUCUACAACGCCUCCAUCGACUACUCGUACUACGCCGGAUGCUCGACGGGCGGCCGACAGGGCUUGAAAUCAGUGCAGAUGUUCCCGGAGGACUUCGACGGCGUCCUUGCGGGCGCAUGCGCAUGGUGGACAACCCACCAGCAGAACUGGGACCUCAAGAUCGCGCUCGAUAACCUCCCCAACGACGGACCGGGACAUAUCACGUCCGACCUGAUGGACGUGCUCGCGACCGAGGUCCUGAAGCAAUGCGAUAUCGCCGACGGAGUCAAAGACAACAUCAUCAUGGACGGGUACGCGUGCGAGUUCCGGCCCGAGACGCUGCUUUGCGAUGGCACCUCAAACAGCUCCUCCUGCUUCAACGCCGCCCAGAUCAAGACCCUCUACAAAGUCUACGGCGACUGGGUCGACACCAACCAAACCUUCAUUUUCCCGUCCUUCGCCUGGGGCUCCGAAGCCCAGGUCUCCCAGAUGAUCAUCACAUCCGACGACCAGGUCGAUUCCCCCAGCGGCAUCGCAUACCCGCGCGACUUCGUCUACAACAAUCCCACCUGGGCCGCAGAGGACCUAGACUACGGCACCAUCGCGCUCUCCGACGCCCUGGACCCGGGCAACGCGACGGCGGCCGCCUUCGACAUCCGGCUCUUCGCCGCGCGCGGCGGCAAACUCCUGCACUACCACGGGUUCGCGGACGGCGAGAUCCCCACGUCGAGCAGCAUCUACUACUACAAGCAGACUCUUGCCACACUGAAACCCCUGGGCGUGGACGUCGACUCCUUCUACCGCUUUUUCCUGAUCCCCGGGAUGCAGCACUGCACGGGGUCGGUGCACAAUGCGCCGUGGUAUAUCGCCGCUGCGAACCAGGCGGGGUCGCUGGCGGGGAAUAAUGUGUACGGUGUGCCCGGGUUCAGGGAUCGACGGCAUGAUGCGGUGCUGGCGCUUAUGGGGUGGGUGGAGGAUGGGAUUGCGCCUGGGAGUUUGGUCGCGACGAAGUUUGUGGAUGAUACGCCGGCCCUCGGGGUCCUGGCGCAGAGGACGCUUUGUCCGUAUCCCGCUGUUGCGAGGUAUGUUGGGGGGGAUUGGAAUGUCACUGAGUCUUUUAGGUGUGAGUGA